ACUACUACUACUACUACUACUACUACUACUACUACUACUACUACUACUACUACUACUACUGCUACUGCUACUGCUACUGCUACUGCUACUGCUACUGCUACUGCUACUGCUACUGCUACUGCUACUGCUACUGCUACUGCUACUGCUACUGCUACUGCUACUGCUACUGCUACUACUACUACUACUACUACUACUACUUGGUCACUGCUUUUUAAGGUGCGAGAAGUUUAGUCGUUUUCAUGGAAGGAUUGAAUUAUACUGGUAAAAAGCUUAUCAAAACGUAAAUAUACAUGGAUGAAGACAAAGAUGACCCCUCUUUCGAGCCUGGAGAUAAUCCUGGACAAAAGAAAAAGGUAACAUUCAAGCCCGCCUCAAUGGUGGACAUGAAACCAUGUGAUGAUCUUCACCGAUAUCUGGUCCACAAAUUUCACUCAUCCACUAAAUCCAAAUCAGUUUUAUUCGAAGCAAUCGAUUUUUCAGCCUACAAAACUGCUGCUAAGGUUGUCUCCUUUGUAACAUCUGAAGACCGGCUACUUUUAUGGAUCAAAACCUUCGCUGUGCGAUACUUUGAUCACCUGAACGUGAUGGGAUAUCGAGUAACAUGGCAAGAACAAGAGUCACAUAGCUGCCCAACCAAAAGCGAUAAAAUCAUCAUGCACAUUCACGAGGAAGAAAAUAACAUUGAAGAUCAAAUGGUCACCAUAACUAUCUUUAUUUCCACUGGCAGAAUCAUGGUUCAAGGCAAAAAAUUCGCCGAGUGGAGUCAACAGGAAUUUCCUGCACUGCUAUCUAUUGUUAACAGUCUCGGGUCGUCAGGAAACCUUAGCGCUGUUAGCGCAAAGGACAAAUCUACAUUCCAUAUAGAACUCCAAAAGUUUUUCACAAAGUACAAAGGAUGUGAGAUUGCGGACACAAGGGCUUCGGAACUAAACGACACUACCGUGGAAAAUGCUGAAAAUGUUGUCAGUGACAUAACAGAAACAGAAACACCCAGUGCAGACAAAGGAAAUACAAGAAUAACGCAAUUGUCAACACCCAUUGAACUCUCCCUUACACCGAGUAGGCUAAACACCUUAACUACUCUUCGAAAUACCGUCGGAAAUUUAGAAGCCGAUUUUACUGAGUUUAAAGUAACAAACGCUGGUAACCUCGAGGGAUCUUGUUUACUGUGGGUAAUGUCGACUGAGAUAUCGGUCGACAUAGCGGUCGAUAUAGCGGUCGACAGUCGGUCGAUAUAGCGGUCGACAGUCGGUCGAUAGUUGGUCGAUAGUCGGUCGAUAGUCGGUCGAUAGUCGGUCGAUAGUUGGUCGAUAGUCGGUCGAUAGUCGGUCGAUAGUCGGUCGAUGGUCGGUCGAUAGUGGGUCGAUAGUCGGUCGAUAGUGAGAUAGACUAUCGGCCGAGUAUCGGUCGAUAUUCCGUCGACGCACCUCGACUUACUAUCGGUCAUAUGUCGGUGAUAUAUCGGUCAACUGUCGGUGAUAUAUCGGUCAACUGUCGGUGGUAUAUCAGUCAACUGUCGGUGGUAUAUCGGUGAACUGUCGGUGGUAUAUCGGUCAACUGUCGGUGGUAUAUCAGUCAACUGUCGUUCGAAUAUUAGUCGUGUGUUAAUUUAUCAGGUGAGUCCAAUGGCUUUUUUUUUUAAGCAAAGACGUCAUUAAUUACUGUUAUCAUGCGAUGGGGAACAUGUGGCAAAGCAAGGCGCGAUUACGCUAUGAAGAGAACCGAAGAGCACUGGGAACUAAGGACAUGAUAACCUUUUUUUUCCAGUUUGUAUCAUCACCGAUCGUCUGAGUUUUAGCUGUUAAACAGAACCUGUCUCAGCCUAAGUUGAAUCUGCUGCUCCUGUGGUCCCGCAAAAAUGUAGGAAAAUGUAGGAAAUGCUAAGUGUCGACCGACCAUCGACCGAGUGUCGACCAAUUACUGACCGACACAUCGAUCAAGUAUCGACCAACUAUCGACCAAGUAUCGGCAAAGUGUCGGCGAAAUGUCGGCGAAAUGUCGGCGAAGUGUCGGUGAACUAAAAGCUAUAUCGGCCGAGACACAUCUGGAACGACUAUCGGCCGUGUCUCGACCGAGUGUCGACCCACUAUCGACCGACUAUCGACCGCUAUAUCGACCGACUGUCGACCGAGUGUCGACCGACUAUCGACCGAGUGUCGACCAAGUAUCGACCGAGUGUCGACCUACUAUCGACCGAGUGUCGACCGCUAUAUCGACCGCUAUAUCGACCGAUAUCUCUCGGUCGACAUUACCCACAGUAAACAAGAUCCACCUCGAGCACCUAAAAGACAAAGCUGCCCAACUAGAUCACAAUUUCAAAGUACAAACAACAACCCUAGGGGGCCUUGCUGAUGAUCUGGAAAACAAUACUAAACUUCUAAAUCACGAUUUACAAAAACACGCUGACUUAAUUUCCAAAUUACAGAAUGAAAAUCAAGCACUUCAAAAGAAAAAUGCGAAAAUAUCGGAGGAUAACGCAACCAUGAGAAGAACACAGAACCAGCUUGAAGCGGAAAUCACCUUUCUUAAGGACCAAAUUAAAGCCCUCUGGGAAACAAUACAACUGCCGCCGGAAACAACUAAGACGUCGAGCCAGACCUCUGGUGAAGAAAUGGACGACAAAUUCAAUGAUAGCACAAAGAAUAAAGCUGCCAUUCCUACAUCAAACGACAACCAAUGGUCAGAAGAUGAGAUACUACUUGUUAAUCUUCCAACAUCAAACUCUUUCUCUCCCUUCAAGAUCUACCAGAAAACCCGCCAAGAAAAGAACCACAAAACAAACCUGUAGACACUAAUUCGCAGCACCCUCCUAAGUCUCCUGCUACCAACGACACCAAUAAUUCUAAUGAAGUGAUCUUUCUAUGUGAUUCAAAUGGAAAGUUUUUAGACAUGGAAAAAAUGUUUCCUUCAGACCAGGAAGUGAAGUAUGUUAGAACUCCACUGAUUGAACACGCUAGAUCGUACUUACAAAGUCAAAUCCACACUGCUCCCCGACUACUCAUAUUACACACAGGAACAAACGAUCUAGAAAGAACCAGUUCUCCUGAAGAUCUUAUUUCUAACAUCUAAAUAUUGAUUACAGAAGCCUCAACGAAAUUUCCUUCAAGCAAAAUAUUCUACUCAACACUUCUUCCCCGCAGCGACAUCCCGACACCAAUAAUAACUUCAAUAAACAAUCAGUUGAUCAGUAGCUGCUCAAGAUUACCCAAUGUGCAGUUAGUCAAACAUGACAACCUCUUUGAGAAUCAAUCAAAUAUUCUUUACGAUCAGAAACAUAUUCUUAAACGGUACGUAAAAUUUUUCGCCAAAAACCUUAAGGACACAAUUCGCGGUCGUGCCAGACCAAAACCUACAGUUCCUUCUAAUACAAUGCCAGCCCAAAGACAAAGAUCCUCACAAACUCAACCGACUUCUUCCCAAGGUCCCAAGCCACUAUUACAUCACACAUCAUACAGCAAUGCCGUAAAGAACACACCACCUCAAGUGCCUCGUUGGCCUCACCUUCUUCAAACUCAACCUCCGCCGUUACCAUUUGUCACACCACAACUUCCACAACGAAUACCUCCAACACCAUUGCAAAAUUCACUACAUCAUGAACCAAAUGCCUCAAAUAAAGCAUUCCAGCUUCCUAUGCAAACCCUGCCGGACCAGAUACUCCCAGCUCCGCCACCAACUAUAUCGCAUCAAUACUCCAAAACAUCGCAUCAAACGUUUCCACAGGCCGCUAAAAUGGAAACCGCAGGUGAAGAAACUCGCCCCUCCAACAAAUUAACGGAUUCAGCAAUGCCUCAGGAAAUCAUAUCCUUUCUUCGUUUUAUAAAAUCAUUUGUAUGAACAAUUUCAUCUUACCCUUGACACUGAAUUAAGUAUUAAUGAUAAACUUUAUACCAGUAUAAAGAGUAAUCCAUUUAUUAUUUUCUAUACAAUCACGGACACCGAAGAUAGUCCCGAUAUUUCAAGCACAUUGUCCUUUUGCGCUUGGAAUAUUAAUGGCCUUUCUUCGAAAUAUCUUGGAAAUAAGUUAGAUAAUGCUGAUUUUUUGAGUGUUAUUAAUAACUCCGAUUUUAUAUUGUUAACAGAAAUUGGCAACUGCUCUAAUCUGGAAAUUGCGGGAUACAAAUCUUUUUUUCAAUGUCCCACACCAAAUCAGUCGGGGAGAGGUGGGCGUAACUCCGGAGGAAUCGCUUUAUUUUAUAAGAACAAAUUCCACAAAAACAUUUCCAUCACUAAAACAACUCAGCAUUUUAUUUGGUUUAAAAUUGAGAAUCGUUUUCUAAAUUCAGUGAAGAAUAUUUACGUCUGUGGUGUCUAUAUACCCCCCUGUAACUCAAAAUACUUUGAUAACGAAAUUUUUGAUCAGCUAGAACAAGACAUAGUACGUUUUUCUUCGAAAGGAUCAAUAAUUCUCAUGGGUGACUUUAACUCGAGAACCGGGAAAUACUCUGAUACUGUCUCAAAGGAGGGAAACAGUAGAAUUAGUAAUGAUCAGUCGGAAUCUGCUUUCCAGCCAACUCAAAGAAACAGUUUUGAUAAUGUUUUAAAUAGCCAUGGGAAACGGCUGUUGGAAAUUUGUAAAACCUUUGACCUAAGAAUAGUUAAUGGCAGAGUUAAUGGAGAUACCCUAGGCAGACCCACUUUUCAUGGAAAAAACGGAACGAGCGUUAUUGAUUAUCUAAUAUGUGAUCAGUGUACAUUUCUCAACGUUGCAAAUUUUGUUGUUAAACAGCCAUCUUAUUUAUCGGAUCAUAGUGCCAUCGUGGCAUGGCUCAAUCUUAACACCAGGUUAAUUGGAGACGAAAUGCACACUCCCAAUAGUAGCAAUAGAUUAUCAAAAUUACCACGGCAAUUUUGCUGGGAAGUUGACUCACAUUUAAAAUUCAAAAACGCACUGCGCACGGAACCAAUCCAAAUUCUAAUUAGACAAUAUAUGGAGAGAAACACCGAAGAUGUGAAUAUCUCCUUAGAAAACGCUAUGAAAAUUCUAACUGAGAGCUCCAAGCUAUGCCUAAAAAUUAAAGCUAAGAAAACUUAUAAGCGUAUUAAGAAAUCAUCCAACAAGAAAUGGUUCGACUGUGAAUGUCGCUUAAAAAGGCAUGAAUUACGAAAAGUCUCAAAUGAAAAGCACCGUGACCCCCUCAACUCCGAAGUGCGGGAAAAAUAUCACAAAACCUUGAAUGAUUACAAAAAGCUCCUAGGCACAAAGAAAAGAGGAUUCCACAAAGAAAAAACAUUACAACUCGACGAACUAGCUUUAAAUCCUGACAAGGCGUCAUUUUGGAAUUGUUUAAAUUCGAUGAGCGACACUUUCAACGAAAAUGUUCCUGCCCCAAUCUCGGAAGAAUCAUGGCUUCACCAUUUCAAAUCUCUGCAUUCUAUUGACCCGACGAAUUCCACGCAUGAACAUGAAAUCCAUAGGGAACUAAAUUCUUUAGAACACGAAAAGGAACAGUUUAACGAUCUCGAUUAUGAGAUAACUGAGAGGGAAAUACGUCAAGCGGCGAAGAAAUUGAAAAAUAAGAAAUCACCAUUUGUUGACAAAAUACGAAAUGAAAUGAUCAAAGCAAGCCUCGAACCACUAAUGCCUGUCUAUGUCAAACUUUUUAACCUCAUUUUACAAUCCGGAAAAAUGCCAGAUGUUUGGUGUCAAGGCCUCAUAACCCCAAUUUACAAAUCUGGUGACAAGAGUGAUCCAACAAAUUACAGAGGCAUAUGUGUUUCUAGUUGCCUUGGAAAACUGUUCUGUUCUAUUUUAAAUCGAAGACUUCACUUGUAUUUUGAGGAAAAUAAGAUAUUACAUAAUUCCCAAAUUGGCUUUUUGCCUGAAAACCGCACUGCAGACCAUGUUUUCACUCUAAGGACCCUAAUAGAUAAAUAUGUGCAUUAUCACAAGGAAAAAAGUCUACGCUUGUUUCGUAGAUUUCCGCAAAGCGUUUGACUCUGUUUGGCACGAAGGAUUGUUUUAUAAGCUGCUAAAAACGAAUAUAGGAGGAAACUUGUACAACCUCAUGAAAAGUCUUUAUUGCAACUCGACAUGUUCCAUCAAAAUCGGUGAAAACAAAACACAGCCUUUUUCAUAUUCCAGAGGUGUACGUCAAGGCUGUAUUUUAAGCCCUCUUUUAUUUAACCUCUAUUUAAACAAUCUACCACUUUUUUUAUUCGAAAACACCUUAUCUGACCCAUUUGUUCUCCCAAAUGGGAAAAAAAAUAAAUUCACUUUUCUACGCAGAUGAUUUAGUUAUUCUAUCAAGAUCGAAAACUGGAUUACAGAACUGUUUAAAUGCGCUUUCUUUGUAUUGUGACAAAUGGAAGCUAAAAAUUAAUCCCAAGAAAACAAAAAUUAUGAUAUUCCAGAAACGCCCCAAAAAAUCUAUUGACAUCAAAUUCAACAUAGGCAGUGAGUCAAUUGAAAUUGUCCAAGAAUACACUUAUUUAGGUACACGUUUAACUCCAACGGGAAACUUUACACUUGCACUCGAACACUUAAAAGAAAAGGCCCUUCACGCGUUUUCUAGUAUUCGGAAGCGGACAAUUCUUAACAAACUUAAUCCUAAUACUGCAUCCCAAAUUUUUGACACCAUGGUAUUCCCAAUCUUGAGUUACAACAGCGAGGUAUGGGGAAUGUACACCAAGCAAGAUUUUAAAAAAUGGGAUAGCUCCCCAAUAGAAAAAAUUCACCUCAAAUUCUGUAAACGUUACUUAGAGGUUAACAAUAAGGCCUCUAACAUAGCCUGCAGAGCUGAACUUGAUAGACUGUCGCUGCUUAUCCCGAUAAAUCAGAAAAUUAUGAAAUAUUUUGUUUACCUCAACAACAAAGAUAAUGACUCUAUAGUCAAACAGUCUUUCCUUAUGUCAAAGAAUCUACAUUCUAUGAAUAAUUCCGGAUAUUUUUCCAAUGUCAUAAACAUGCUUGAACAAUACAAUCUAACCAGUUUAGAUGCUGAAUCUCUAGAUAAUGAUAAAAUUAGACGAUAUACCACAGAAAUGAGAGAGAAAUAUCUAUCUUUUUGGCGGCACAGCCUCGAAAAUUCAAAAAAACUAGAAUUUUAUAAAACUUUUAAAGAUGAAUAUUCUACAUCUGAUUAUCUCUACCAGCUAAGACAUUAUGACGAACGACAGAAUUUUGUUAAAUUUAAAAUAAGUAAUCACAAACUUAUGAUUGAACAUGGUCGAUACCAAAUCGAUCAUUUGCCAAGAGAAAAUAGAUUAUGUCCUUUAUGUAACUCAAAUCAGGUAGAAGAUGAGAUUCAUUUCCUCUUUCAAUGUAACAAAUACUCAGUACAGAGACAGGCAUUUAUUACUCAAAUCAAUCGAAUAAUACCUGACUUUGACAAGAAAUCAUCUCCGGAAAGCAUAAAACUGAUAAUGAAUUCGAAGGAACAUCAUGUAAAUAAGUUAGUUAUGAAGUUUGUCUCCUCCUGCAUGAAAAUACGUGAUUCAUUGUUAGUAAUGUAACCGAAUUUUUCUAGAUUGUUAUUAGUGCUGUUUUGUUUUUUUUAUUUUGAUUCUCAUAUACAUGCUUUUGCAAUACUGUACAGUGAUGCGGUCAUGCAAAUAAAGCAAUUUAUUACUAUUUAUUACUACUACUACUACUACUACUACUACUACUGCUACUGCUACUGCUACUGCUACUGCUACUGCUACUGCUACUGCUACUGCUACUGUUACUGCUACUGCUACUACUAAUAAUAAUAAAUAA